AGAGACAGGCAAAGGAAGGACCGAGCCCAGACCAAGAUCCAGUCUGUUGAUGGUUCCACCUGGGACCAAAGGAACCCAAAGGAAAAGAGAAGUGUUUCCAUUCCUCUGCCUCAUGCUAGGGUUCUGUAGGAGGAGGAGACAGAGAAGACUCAUUUUGCUGUUCCAUCUUGUGUAGACGUCUAAACAAUGUGUCUUUCUUGGAAGAAAAUGUCAAAGUCCCUAAAGAAGAUAGUGGAGGAGAGUCGUGAUAAGAAUAUCCCGGAGGUGGACAUGUGUGACAGAGGGAUAUCAAACCUGCUGGAUAUUCCUGGAUUGUUCACCUUGUCCAACAUAACCCAACUGGUCCUGAGCCACAAUAAGCUGAGUGGUGUGCCUCCUAACAUUGCAGACCUGAAGAACUUGGAGGUGUUGAACAUGUUUAAUAACCAGAUUGAGGAGCUUCCAACUCAGAUCAGUAGCCUUCAGAAACUGAAACAUCUGAACCUUGGGAUGAACCGGUUGAGCACUCUUCCACGAGGGUUCGGAUCUCUUCCGGCGCUGGAGGUUCUGGAUCUGACAUACAACAAUCUGAAUGAGUCCUCACUGCCCGGAAAUUUCUUUUACCUCACCACCCUGCGGGCGCUCUAUCUCAGUGACAACGAUUUUGAGAUUUUGCCCCCAGACAUCGGCAAGCUGGCCAAGCUACAGAUAUUGAGUUUGAGGGACAAUGACCUCAUCUCUCUACCCAAAGAGAUCGGGGAUCUGACUCAGCUGAAGGAACUUCACAUUCAAGGAAACAGACUCACUGUACUGCCUCCUGAACUUGGUAACCUGGACCUGACAGGCCCAAAGCAGGUGUUUAAGGCUGAGAAUAACUCCUGGGUGAUUCCCAUAGCAGACCAGUUCCAGUUGGGCAUCUCUCAUGUCUUUGAGUACAUCCGCUCAGAGACCUACAAGUAUCUUUACGGGCGACACAUGCAGGCCAACCCCGAGGCGCCCAAAAAGAACGCCGACAAAUCAAAGAAGAUCAGCCGCAAGCCGCUGGCGGCCAAGAACAAGUGAAGAAGAGCUGAUCCGAGAUGAACCUCACUGCAUGUGCCUUCUCCGUUUGCUAUUUAUUCAUAAAGUAUGUUUUUUUUUAUUGCUUCAGUAUUACGUUAAUCGUUUCCAAUCCUUUCUUCCGUGUUUAAGAAGUGUCCUUCUUGUCCAAUGCCUUCAAAGUGUCAAUUCAGACCUGCGCCGGGUGCUAAUCCGAUUUCUGAACACGUGUCUGUUGCGUCUCUCGAGUGUUGUCCUAGUCAAGAUGAGGGGAGCGGGGAAUUUUUGGGAGGUGGUGACGAGUCGAGUGUUUUGUAACCGAACAGGGAUUUAGCAGGAGUUUGGGGGUCUUAGUGGAGUCUGAGCAGGAUUGUGUCGGGUCUCCGGCGGGACACCGCCGACCGCUUUCUCUGCCUCUUAAUGACAGAUAUGAAUGGCUGCAAACGGGAGUUUCGGAUGGUACACAGCAGAUACCAGACACAAACACCCCGGUGGCCAUUUGAGAGGGUCAACAAGAUAUCGUAACAAACCACAGAUGGUGUUCUUUGAAGCGAUUGGCCAUUGUUUCUUACUGUGUAUUCAAGUUAACAUGACAGUGCCACUUUUUACAGAACUACGUAGAGUAGCGUUUGGGGUUAAUCAUUCAACAAUAGUUGUCAUUUCUGCUGUCAUCGUUCACUACAGAUUGCGUACACUAACAUCAUGUAAUUCUGCAAAGCUUGGCUGAUUUUAAGUUUGACUUUUUUACGGAUGUGUUAUUGUUUAUUUUAAAAAAAGGUCACGAGCUGUUUCAUUGCAAUCACGUUUAAAGUUUUAAUAUUUUCAUAUCUUUUAUCAUGUGCACACUGAUCUGUGUGCUAUGUACUGAAUUUUUUGACAUUGAAAUAAAGUCACCAUUCGGUUUUUCAUUC